GAUUGGUUGGUCCCGGCUCCCCGGACUCGUGGGUUGUUCCUGUUCCGGUUCCGGUUCUGGUGACUGUUCGGCAGUCACCAUGAUCGGGGACAUCUUGCUGUUCGGGACGCUGUUGAUGAACGCGGGAGCAGUGCUCAACUUCAAGCUGAAAAAGAAAGACACCCAGGGGUUUGGGGAGGAGUCAAAGGAACCAAGUACAGGUGACAACAUUAGGGAAUUCUUACUGAGUCUCAGAUACUUUCGAAUCUUCAUUGCCUUGUGGAAUGUUUUCAUGAUGUUUUGUAUGAUUGUGUUAUUUGGCUCUUGAAAGUCAUGGCUUGAGAACCAGGAGCCAACCUUAUAGGAUGUUAUUUCUCUGUUCCUGACAACUUUGAGAAUGUGUUUGACCAGAAACUGUUGACCUUCCUGCAGAGUAAAAGUUUGUGGGACCAGGGGUGGGGUGGGGAAAAGAUGUAUGCAAAGCUCACAUAGGUCCUCCAGCCACAGUUUUUUAAUUUUCAAAGGACACUUUAAUGCAGCCUCUGAAAUUCAGCUCAAUUCACUUGGUAUUUGGUAUUUUGAAAGGUAUCAAAGGUGCCAUGGUAAAUGUUCAUUCCCUCCAGAUAAAGAAAUAUGUCUAGAUCUGGCAUGGAAACAAACUAAUCUCUAGACGGUUGCUCCAGAAGAUCUGAGUUUAAAGUUUAUUUUUUUGUGGACCCUAUUUUUGAUUUGAAAACAAAGCAAAGCUGGUAUUUUUGUACUUCUCCUAGUACCUGUGCACGCCUUGGUGGCUGGUCAGCUUUUAAACUCCAGUGUGGUCUUUUUCUCUCUAGAGUUUCUAAGCGAUGAGGUAGAUCCUUUGCUGGACCAGAACAGUAUGAUUGCACUGUGCUCAUCUAUCAGAGCCCUUGGACCGGCAUCCCUGAUUCAGGAUAGAUGUUCAGGCCCACUGGUUAGUGUGCUAAUUUCCUACAUUGCUUUAAGGAACAGGUGCUCCUUCAUAGGAGAGGCUAAUUUUAACACCUCAACGGAAGGAGAAAGGGAACUUUUAUGAGUUCAGUGAAACACUUAAAGAUUUAAAGCUCAACUCUUAGUGUUUGGUACCAACAACUUUUAGGGAACACAUUAUGAAAGCUCUCUCUUCACUUCAAAGCCCUUUUACUCAAGGCAUUUUAGUAAGGAAGAGCCAGGGUAUUGUUUAGUUGUGAUUUUAAGGCUACAUUGUAAGUGUUUGACCCCCUGGGACUGCCUUUUUAGCUCGUAAUUUAUAGGGCAAAGAAAUCGGCACUACUAAUGUAACCCAAUGAUUUCUGUACUUCUCAGUUUAAAAAGCAAUGAAAUAAGAAAUGAGAUUGCCAAAAGGAAACUCUGGGGGUCAGAUCACUUCAUUCAAGAGGCUUUUGUUAUUAUUUGGUUUUUUAAAAUUCUUUGUAAAGAAUCCCAGGCAGGAAAAGUAAAUAUGGAGAUUUACAGAAACAAUUUAUUGAAAAUAAAACUCAUCUGUAAAAGGG